UCCGCGCCGCGCUCCAGCCGCCUGCCGGAGGUGCCUGCCCAGCCCAGCUGGCCGGGGUGCCCGCCGGCCACGGCCUGGCGGAGGGAGGCAGCGGGCACGCACCGCCGGGGGCACCAGCCAGGCCCGCCGGCCGGCGAGCACCCCCUGCCCCGCUGUCCUUGGGGAAGCGAGGAGGGGGCUCAGAGGGGGCUCUGCUCCCUUACCUGCCCCCCACCCCUGGCAUGAUGUUGCCCUCCUCCCGGACCCAGCUGGGGCUCUUCUUCAUCCUCCUCUGCCCCGCCAACAUCAUCGGCCUUUGGUGGGCAGUGGGCAGCCCCCUGGUCAUGGACCCCAACAGCAUCUGCCGCAAGACGAAGCGGCUGGCGGGGAAGCAGGCGGAGCUGUGCCAGCUGGAGCCGGAGAUCGUUCAGGAGGUGGCCAAGGGCACCAAGCUGGGCGUGCGGGAGUGCCAGUACCAGUUCCGCUUCCGCCGCUGGAACUGCACCAGCCACAGCAAGUACUUCGGCAAGAUCCUGCAGCAGGAUAUCCGGGAGACAGCCUUCGUGUACGCCAUCACGGCGGCUGGGGUGAGCCAUGCCAUCACGCAGGCCUGCAGCAUGGGCGAGCUGCUGCAGUGCGGUUGUGAGCUGACGCGGAGCCGGGCUCCCCCCUCGCCCACUGCUGGCCCGGGCACUGAGGGCACGGCCUGGGAGUGGGGGGGCUGCGGGGAUGAUGUGCAGUUCGGCUACGAGAAGUCCCAGCAGUUCAUGGAUGCCAAGAGCAAGAAAGGCAAAAACGACAUCCGGGCUCUCAUCGACCUGCACAACAACGAAGCCGGGCGCUUGGCGGUGCGGAGCUACAUGAGGACAGAGUGCAAAUGCCACGGGCUGUCGGGCUCCUGCACCCUGCGGACCUGCUGGCGGAAGAUGCCCCAUUUCCGCGAGGUGGGGGACCGCCUGCUCGAGCGCUUCAACGGCGCCUUCAAGGUGAUGGGGGGCAACGACGGGAAAACCCUCAUCCCCGUGGGCGACAACAUCAAACCGCCCGACAAGCAGGACCUCAUCUACUCGGCCGACUCGCCCGACUUCUGCUCGGCCAACCGCAAGACGGGCUCGCUGGGCACCCGGGGCCGCGUCUGCAACAGCACGGCCAUGGACACCAGCGGCUGCGACCUGCUGUGCUGCGGGCGAGGGCACCGGGACGAGACCGUGGUGCUGGAGGAGAACUGCCUCUGCCGCUUCCACUGGUGCUGCGUGGUGCAGUGCCGCAAGUGCUCCGUGCGCCAGGAGCUCAGCCUCUGUGUCUGACGCCCGCGCCACACCGCUGCCUCCCUGGCGUGCCCGGGACCGAGCCGGGACGCUUUGGGACCCCCCCCCCAGCCCCAUGCCGGGGCGCCGGGGCCGUGCCGCGGCCCCAGGACACAGACAGGUCACCCCGGAGAGCAGGUUGGGCUGGUGGCAGGGACAGUGCAGGGAGCCCGGCCCUCUCCCUCGUUGGCGAGGGGACACUUGGGGGCUGCCUGGCAUCCCCACAACCCCUGCGGUGGGGGCUGCGGGGGCAGAGCUUCCACUAAUAAAGCUAUUUAAACCCGC